GCUGUUGGUGGCAUUCGCUCCAGCAAGCUGAAACUGGCACAUACAAACGACAGACAGAGCUGAAACCUACUGACGGGGUUAGAGUCGACAGCGGCAGCAAUCGCUUUUUCUUCAAGACUGAUUUUCUCCAUUCUGCCAAGAAUUGGAGGUCUGUACCCUGGUCCUCUCUGGCUUUUUUGUUUUGCUUCUGAGUGGAGAGAUUUUUCUCCUCUUCUUCUACCACAAGACUCCCAAACGGGCAAGAGAGGACUAGCUUGUGUCCGCAGAGACUGUCUUAACAUUUUCAUUUCACUUGGGCUCCCGUUCCACCAUGGCUGCUGUGCGUCAGAUGCCGCCGGAGACCUCGGGCUUCCAUGUGCUCUCAGCCCACCUGAUGGCCACCGCCACAGAGGAGUUCCCCCAGCAGCUGCCCGUCCCCAAGAGCCCGGCGAAGGGCAAGAGUCGCUCCCGCCGGCCCCGGGAGGCACGCUUCAAAACCCAGCCCGUCACCUUCGCCGAGAUCGCUGAGGUAGAAGAGGAAGGCUCUUGCCCCUUGGAAGAAGAGAGGGCGCGUCGCUCCUUCCUGCAGUCGUUGGAGAACCUCCGGCGGAGCACGCAAGCCCUCUACUGCCCGGCGGCGACCAAUCUCACCCCCACGCCCACGCAGGCCAGCCUGGACUCCAGCGACUCCGACUCCACCCAGUGAGGACUUCAGAUGGAGGUCAACUGAACAGAACCAAACUUGCAGUCCUGCCUUUAUGUGUAAAGCUACUGCUGCCACGCAAACUCUGCAUUUAGUUCACUAACUCACGCUGCUCGAAGAUGCACAUCGGACCUUUCCGUAAAAACCUCCACUGCUGGCUGGUUUUACAGCUGUACAGAAAUAAUGUGUAGAGGUAGCAAACAAUGCAACAUUCAGCACAACAUCUUGUUUCCUACCGUAGUUGUUUAGGAGUAAUAUGGAAGAGGAAGGGUAUUUUCCCAUUUUGGAGCUAUAGAGCAUGUCUGUUUCUAUCUAGGAUUUUCUACUUGAUGAGCGAAUGUGGCGAGGAUGACUUAAAAUGUUAAUGUUGUGAUUGACUUGUCUGUAAAUACAUUGACAAAGCAAAACAUCCUGCAGCAAAAGUUAGAUGUCUGGGCCUGGAACUGUAGAGGACCAUCACAGAUUCUUGUCUGGAGACUCGCAAAGGGGCUUUUUUCCUCCCCAGCUUCUCAGUUAAUGAAAUCAGUGCUGCUGCUUUGAUUUCUGAGCAGAAAUUCCCUUUCUAUUUUUCAAAAUGAAUUUAUUUAUUAUUAUUAUUAUUAUUAUUAUUUGCAUAACCAAGUACAUUUCUAGAUGUAAAGUUGUCGAUGACUUCUGGUCACUUUGACUUUCAUACAAACGAUAACCUUUAUAUUUUGUGAUUCCAUUACUUUGUAUGUACAUAUAUAUAUAUAUAUAUAUAUUUGCUUAUGUACUUCAAUAAAUAUUUUCAAGGACA